AUGCAGUUCUCUACUCUCGCCUCCGUCCUCACCAUGGCCGUCGCCGCCAUCGCUGCUCCCGCCGAUACCCUCGAGGCUCGCACUGGCGGCGGCAACAACGCUGUCUGCUCUGCCCAGAACAACCAGGUCUGCUGCAACGGUCUCCUGAGCUGUGCUGUUCAGGUUCUCGGCAGCAACUGCAACGGUAACUCUUACUGCUGCAAGUCUGACGCCCCCGUCGGCGCUCUUGUCAACGUUGCUCUUCUCAACUGUGUCAAGCUCCUCUAG